GGGGGUGGGGAAGGAGCUGGCCCUGUGGUGGCGGCUGCUGUGGCCCUGACCCCGGGCCGCCAUGGCCGAACCCCGGAAGGAGGAGGAGGAGGAGGACGAGGAGGGGGGCACUGAGGGUCGCCCUGAGCCAGGGAAGGCGGAGCCCCCCAACCCCGUGGCCUCAGUGGUGGCCAAAAACCUGGCACUGCUCAAAGCCCGCUCCUUCGACGUGACUUUCGAGGUGGGGGAUGAAUACGAGAUCAUCGAGACCAUCGGUACCGGAGCCUACGGGGUGGUCUCCUCCGCCCGGCGCCGCCUCACAGGCCAGCAGGUAGCCAUCAAGAAGAUCCCCAAUGCUUUUGAUGUAGUAACCAAUGCCAAGCGGACCCUCCGGGAGCUGAAGAUCCUUAAACACUUUAAACAUGACAAUAUCAUUGCCAUCAAGGACAUUCUGAAGCCCACUGUGCCCUAUGGGGAAUUCAAAUCUGUUUAUGUUGUCCUGGACUUGAUGGAAAGUGACCUACACCAGAUCAUCCACUCCUCUCAGCCACUCACCUUGGAGCAUGUACGCUACUUCUUGUACCAGCUGCUUAGAGGACUUAAGUAUAUGCACUCAGCCCAGGUGAUCCACCGUGACCUCAAACCCUCUAACCUGCUGGUGAAUGAAAACUGUGAGCUGAAAAUAGGUGACUUUGGCAUGGCUCGGGGCCUUUGCACUUCCCCAGCUGAGCAUCAGUACUUCAUGACAGAAUAUGUUGCCACACGCUGGUACCGUGCCCCUGAGCUCAUGCUCUCCUUGCAUGAGUACACACAGGCCAUCGACCUGUGGUCUGUGGGAUGCAUUUUUGGAGAGAUGCUGGCUCGACGACAGCUCUUUCCAGGUAAGAACUAUGUCCACCAGCUUCAGCUGAUCAUGACAGUGUUGGGGACUCCAUCACCAUCUGUGAUCCAGGCUGUAGGGGCUGAGCGAGUACGUGCCUAUAUUCAGAGUUUGCCUCCACGCCAACCAGUGCCCUGGGAGACAGUAUACCCAGGUGCUGAUCGGCAAGCAUUGUCACUUCUGGGCUCCAUGCUGCGCUUUGAGCCUGGUGCUCGGAUCUCAGCUGCAGCUGCCUUGCGCCACCCCUUCCUAGCCAAGUACCAUGACCCUGAUGAUGAGCCAGAUUGUGCCCCACCUUUUGAUUUUGCCUUUGACCGGGAAGCUCUGACCCGUGAACGAAUAAAAGAGGCAAUUGUGGCUGAGAUUGGUGACUUUCAUGCCCGACGUGAGGGAAUCCGCCAGCAGAUCCGUUUCCAGCCCUUAUUGCAGCCUGUGGCUGGAGAACAAUGCUGCCCUGAUGUGGAGAUGCCCAGUCCCCGAGGACCUGGUUCAGAUUGUGCCAUGGAGUCACCACCUCCAGCCUUACCUCCCCCUGGACCUACAUCCAACACCAUAGACUUGACCUCCUCUCAGCCUCCUCUACCAACUGGAGAUCCAGCCCCACCUAAAAAAGAAGGAGCUAUCUCAGACAAUACCAAAGCUGCUCUCAAGGCUGCCUUAAGGAACCGGCUUAAAGAUGGUCCCAGUGCACCCCUAGAGGCCCCUGAGCCACGAAAGCCAGUAACAGCCCAAGAACGGCAGAGGGAGAGGGAGGAGAAGAGAAGGCGGCGACAGGAACGAGCCAAGGAGCGAGAGAAACGACAGAAGGAGAGAGAACGCAAAGAAAGGGGUGUAGGGGCAGGGGGUGGUCCCUCUGGUGAUCCCCUGGCUGGGCUGGUGCUGAGUGACAAUGACCGAAGCUUAUUAGAACGUUGGACUCGAAUGGCCCAGCCUCCGGCUCCACCCCCUGGACCAGCAGCACCUACCCCACCACCCCCUGCUCCUCCUCCUGGACCUGCCCCUCAACUUACGGGACCCUCUCCACUCCCAGCUACUAUUUCAUCUGGUCUCCAGGCCCCAGUUACACCCCUUCCGGUUCCCCAACCAUUGGUUCCUCCUCCUAGCCUUCCUGGCCCCACCCCUGCAGGAACCAUGCCUUACUUUCCACCUGGCCCACCACCAUCAGAUCUAGGGGGAUCCCAUCAGGCUCCCACUUCAGAGUCACCAGAUGUGAACCUGGUGACUCAGCAGCUAUCUAAGUCACAGGUGGAUGAUCUACUGCCUCCCGUUUUCUCGGGAACCCCAAAGGGCAGUGGGGCUGGCUAUGGAGUUGGCUUUGAUUUGGAGGAAUUCCUCAAUCAGUCUUUUGAUAUGGGUGUGGCUGAUGGGCCUCAUGACAGCCAAACAGACUCGGCCCCAUUGUCAGCCUCUCUGCUCACUGAUUGGUUAGAAGGGCAUGGGAUGAACCCCGCUGACAUUGAGUCUCUGCAGCGUGAGAUCCAGAUGGACUCCCCUAUGCUGCUUGCUGACCUGCCCGAUCUUCAGGAGCCCUGAGUACCAGGCGCUAAAAAACCAGGCUCAAGCUGGGAACAGGGGAACAGGGUCUUUCAGUUUAGGUCGAAGGCAGGAUCUAGGAAGGAAGCCCCAGAAGACUGAAAAUUCAUGUUUUGAUGGGGAGAAUAGGAGCACCAGUUUAUUCUCCAGAUUCAUCUCAAAUUCACCCUGCAACUUUAGGGGUAAGCCUCAGUAUCCAUAAAACUCUGGGGAAAUUAGAAAGGCCCAGGAACUUCUAUUACCUGUCACUUUUCAGACACUUCUCUGCCACUUCCAGUAUUGACUUUUUUUUUUUACAUUCUUAUUGUUGUGGGACCAGUGAAAUAUAAGAUUGAUCCUUA